GCAUAAAGAGGGAGAGUGGGAGGAAAGUAGGGAAGGACGCAGCCUGCUGAUGUCUGUUGAAGUAGAUUACAAGCAAUGGAUUUGUGGAAAGGGAGGUACAGUAAAUUUACAUCGGGUCAGUUCUAUUGUUCGCGACAUUGGGGAGCCUUGUCUUCAUCAGUCUCCUAUAAAGGUUGUUAUAGCAGUUAGGCAAAAA